CCUGACUGCUGGCCUCUCUCUCCUCCAGCCCAACAACUCUCUGCCUUCACAGAUAUGAGUUCUGUCUCUAGCGACUCUGGGCGAUCCUCGUCUCUGUCCUUGUUUUCGGUGGCCUCAUUUACCCCCACAGGCUGCAGUCAUGGGAAAGAUGCGGUGGUGUUCUGUGGCACCUGCUCAAUGCCACUAUGUGAGGACUGCUUGGCUCAUGUGGGACAUCGCAGCCACAAGUUCAAGACCAUGGAACAAGCAUGCAGAGACAAACUAGAUAUGAUUGCUGCGCAACUUGAACAUUGUAAAGGCAGGAGCCAGAGUAACUCUCAGCAAAUGCUGGAGAGGAAAGAAGAAGACCUUGAAAGGGACUUCCAGACGGUGCGAGACAGUUUCACUAAAAAAUACAGAGAACUGGACGAGCUGCUGAAUGGCAACAAAGAACAGGCCAUCACACUGUUGGAGGCCCAGAGGCAAGGCCAGCAGAAGCACCUGUAUGUUCUGGCCGAGGAGGGUGACCGCUACAAGACACGGGCCAACCACCUGCAGACGCUCAUAGCAGAUUUGGGGAAAAGGGUGUCGUCACAACACAACUCUUCUACAUGCAUUCUGGAAAUCCAGGCACAUCAAAUCAGUAUUGACCUUAUUGAUGAAUUCUACAAGAAAGUCACCCAAAACAGCAAGUUUGACAAAUCAAGGUUGGAGGCCCUGGAGAAAUCCAUCCAGCGUAUCGUUGAUCAAACCGGUGAAAUCUUCCCUCGACCAUGGCAAUAUUAUGAAGACAUCACCUUUAAUCAUGAUCCUGACAAAACAGACGGUAGCCUGAUGAUAUCUGAUUCCCAAAUCAGCGUCAGCCCCCACCGCUCGUCCCCCAAAGUCCACUACCAGACUAAAGAAACCCCGUUCUACAUCCUGGCCAAGCAGUGCUGGAAGACGGGGCGCCACUACUGGGAGGUGGACGUGGGGCACUGCCGCACCUGGGCAGCUGGUGUUGUGGAGCUGGCCAAUGGCAGCCGGCCGCCAUCACAGGCCACACUAAUGCGCCUGGGACGCAACAAGAGGUCGUGGAUGCUGGAGUCUGAGGACGGGGAGCUGACCGCUCUGCACAACGACAACCUGAGCAUGGUCAAGCAGUCUGAACAGGAUAUGACACGCCUCGGGGUCUACCUGGACAUGACCAAGAACAGCGGCCGACUGACCUUCUACGAUGUGGGCAGUGGCGCGGUCCUGCACUCCUUCUGUCUGCGCUUCAAGAAGAGCUUGUUCCCCGCCUUCAGUCUGACCAGAGUGGACGGCCAGGUCCAGAGUCUGCUGCUCUGCAAUCUGGGCCUCAGGACGGAGAGCGAGUAUGACUCCGGCGUGGACACCAGCUCUAGGGACGGGGGCAGCUCUAGAUCAAGCUCUGUCACCUCAGACUCAGAAUCCUUCGAAAUGUCAGAGUUCUCUUCAGAUUCUCACAGUCUGAGCAGCUCUGUGUCGUCCGUGGACUCUCCCCUGCCCACCUCCGUGGACUCUCCCCUGACCAACUCCGUGGCGUCUAGAUCUGGAUCCGUAGACUGAAUUGGGUAGACUGCGUAGGACACCAUGCUCCCAGAUUUCAUAUUCAGGCUGGAGUUAAAAGCACAUCAUGAAUAUUGUAGAACACAAUAUAAUCAAUUUCUGAUGAAUAUUGUUGAUCCAUUUCUGACUUUUCACUUUGCAAAGCACUUAUUUCUUGCACGAGUUAAGCUAUGUUCAACAAUGGUGAAUGGCCAUUUAUAUUCAUCUGCAUUUCUUAUCUCAUGUGGGUCUAUGUUUUAACUAUGUAAAAAUAUAGGCUAUUCAAAUGUUUCUUGCACUAUUGUAGAAUGCACUUCGGUGUCCUUGGACCCUACAGCCUUAACUGGACAUCUACUGACAGGAGCAAGAUUUUGUAAAACAUGUUGUUAAACAUACUGUUAAUUAAACAUAUUGUUAUUUAUUUAUUUAAUAUGCAAUUGAAAAUAAAAUAUAUAUCAAAAAACAA